UUUGGCUCUGUGAAAACCACUCCAUCCAAGAGGACAUGACCAACUCAAGCAUUGUCCACUAUACGGAAGUUGAGCUGUCAUUGGCACGCGCCUGUCUGUCAGUAGCCUUGACCCUCCUUACUCUCUGCCUAGCGUUUUACCUAGCACUACCGGAACUUCGCCGAGAUAACAGCGGUGUUAUAUUCACGCACCAGUGUGCGGCGUUCUGGAUGGUUGUCUUACUGGAUCUGGCACAUUUCAUUAUAGGAAAUGAGAGGACCCUGUUGUCUUGUGUCUUCAUCAACGUGCUACAGAUGUUCUUCAUGAUAUCGAUCCUCCUUCUAGCAGUAGUGCAGGCGUUUCAUCUGCACAGACGAGUUUGUGCCGGCCACAAACCACCCAUCAGUCGUUACGUUCGCAAAGCAACGUUAGCCACAUACGGUACUUCUGGAUCGAUAGUCUUGAUUACUAGGCUUGCAGCAGGAUUUGACCUCGGCACACCUGAUAAUCCUAAGCCAGCAAUGCCGACAAAGUGCCAGAAGGAGCAUACAGUGGGAGAUACCCUGAGUCGCAUCAUCCCGUUCCUAUUCAGCAUGCUGACUUGUGGGGUUCUCUUCGCACGGAUCAUGCACAGAGCAAAGAUACAGACGUCAAGGAGUCAGCCAGGCACGGACGCUGGCCUUUUGCACUACCUCCAUCAGGCGCGAGUCGCCGGAUCCACGUUCCUCCUGGUCGGCUUGACCUGGAGCUUUUGCUUUCUUCUGUUCUUUUUGACAGUAACACAGGGAAACCUAUUGCUCAUGGCACUCGCCUCCGUAACGGGAGUAGCAACCUUUCUUCUCAAGAUUCCACUGGACACAGCAUUUCGUUCGGCACUCCGCAAGCGAUAUAGAAGAUGGCACACUGCGAAUGUUUCCAUUCGUGAAAGAAGUUCUCCACCAUCUGCACAAUCCUCGGUGAAAAACAGUAACCUGGCAAGUGAAUCCGCAGGCUCACAAGUAUGUGAAGUUAACUAAAGGAUCGCUGAAACGGAGACCUGAAGUUGAAGGAGCUACAUGUACAUGUACCGUACAGG